AUGAUAUCUUCUUCAAUGAAUUGUUAUGUACAAUCACCAUCUCCAGUUGGUACGCUUGACGACAGCUCUAAGAUAUCACCAAUAAACGAAAUGUUAGCUCUAAGGACCAUGAUUCAGGAUAUUUCAAAUAAGUCCGUAAAAAUUUAUAAUCUUAAUGAGCUUUGUAACACUUACGGGAUAAAGCGUAGAGGUUUCUACGACUUCCUAAGCAUUGGCACCGUAUUUAAGAUCUGUUAUCGCCAUACAAAUGACACUUUUGAAUGGUAUGGAUUUAACGAAACAUAUAAGGUGUUAGUUUUCAUCUCUCAAACAGUUCAAAAAGAGUCCAUGAACAAAGGCAUCAAGGAAUUCUUUGAUUGCUCCGCAAACUCCUCACUCCAGAAUCUUGCCCUCAAUGUAGUCAAGUUAUUCUUCUAUUUGAAUACCAAAUUCUUGGAUUUGAGGCAGGUAGCUAAACUCUUCUCCCAAGGUACUUCCAAGUAUAAGACUAUGCUCAGGAAACUUUACACCGUUGCAGCUGGCUUAGAACUAGCGGAAAUCAUCGGAAAGACUAACAGAGUUGCAGAGAUCAAGUUCCUUCAUCCAAUACCGUCUAGGGCCUUUGCUGACCCUACAGACAUAAUGUCAAUGCUUAACACUAAGGAGGAACUUGAUGCUGAGUCGAAUUUCGAAGGAAGGCGAAAGAUCUUCCAGGCAAUAACGUACGACAGACGCUUCUUGGCUGCAGAGUCUGUAAGGCCUGUAUUGAUGUUCCAGACUCCAGCAGAAGUUUACUAA